UGGCCGGGCCGCGGCGGCGGCGGCGGCGGCGGCGGCGGCGGCGGCGAGGGCGAGGGCGCGGGGCGCGCCGCCAUGGGCCUGGCCGGGCUGCAGGCAGGAAGAUGUCCAAGCCCCGCGCGGUGGAGGCGGCGGCGGCGGCGGCGGCGGUGGCAGCGACGGCCCCGGGCCCGGAGAUGGUGGAGCGGAGGGGCCCGGGGAGGCCCCGCACCAACGGGGAGAAUGUAUUUACCGGGCAGUCAAAGAUCUAUACCUACAUGAGCCCGAACAAAUGCUCUGGAAUGCGUUCCCCCCUUCAGGAAGAGAACUCAGUUGCACAUCACGAAGUCAAAUGCCAGGGGAAGCCGUUAGCCGGAAUCUACAGGAAACGCGACGAGAAAAGAAACUCUGGGAAUGCAAUACGAAGCUCCAUGAAGGCCGAGGAACAGAAGAUCAAAGAUGCCAGGAGAGGUCCCCUGGCCCCUUUUCCAAACCAAAAAUCUGAAGCAACAGAACCUCCCAAAACCCCGACCUCGUCUUGUGAUUCUCCCAAUGCAGCUGCCGCCAAGCAAGCCCUGAAGAAGCCCGUCAGGGCCAAACAGGCUCCCAGGAAAAAAGCUCAAGGGAAAACACAGCAGAAUCGCAAACUCACAGAUUUCUACCCUGUUCGAAGGAGCUCCAGGAAGAGCAAAGCUGAGCUGCAGUCUGAAGAAAGGAAGAGAAUAGACAAAUUGAUUGAAAGUGGGAAAGAAGAAGGAAUGAAGAUUGACCUCAUUGACGGCAAAGGCAGGGGCGUGAUCGCCACCAAGCAGUUCUCCCGGGGUGAGUUCGUGGUGGAAUACCACGGGGACCUCAUCGAGAUCACUGACGCCAAGAAGCGGGAGGCUCUGUAUGCGCAAGACCCCUCCACGGGCUGCUACAUGUACUAUUUUCAGUAUCUGAGCAAAACCUACUGCGUGGAUGCAACCAGAGAGACCAACCGCCUGGGAAGACUGAUCAAUCACAGUAAGUGCGGGAACUGCCAAACCAAGCUGCACGACAUCGACGGCGUGCCCCACCUCAUCCUCAUCGCCUCCCGCGACAUCGAGGCUGGGGAGGAGCUCCUGUACGACUACGGGGACCGCAGCCGGGCUUCCAUCGAAGCCCACCCCUGGCUGAAGCAUUAACCCCGCCGCCCCGCCCCGCCCCCUCCCUUCUGCAAUGGACAAAGUGCCCUCAAAGGGAAUUGACUUUUUUUUUUUUUUUUUUUUUUUUUUUUACACAUUUAAUCUUAGCAGAUUACUUCAGAUGUUUUUAAAGAAGUAUAUUAAGAUGCCUUUUCACUGUAGUAUUUAAAUAUCUGUUACAGGUUUCCAAGGUGGACUUGAACAGAUGGCCUUAUAUUACCAAAACUUUUAUAUUCUGGUUGUUUUUGUACCUUUUUUGCAUACAAGUCGAACGUUUGUGCUUCCCGUGCAUGCGGUCCAAGACUCGGCACAGGUUUUAGAGGAAGGAGUCGAACGCGACCCAGGAAGCUGGGCGACGCGCCUGCGUCCGCCCGAGGAGCCGGGACUCUCUCCCCUCCUCACCCCCGACGUCCCGGUGCCAGGCGGGCGCGAGGAAGAGCUCCCUCCCCACGGCCCGGACGGGACGUCCCCCAGCUCUUGUUUCCCUGGCGUCUCGACAGGCGCACACGGAAGGGUAUGAAUAUUUUUUAAAAAGGUUUCACAGUACGAUAGUCUUCCCCUCUGCUUUCUCGAAAGCUUACUGACCCGGUGGCUCACGGGCUGGGCCUACAUUUACUCUUCCACGGGCUGCCGCUUUUCUGGGCACCUCGAAGCAUCAGGGCGGGGAAUCAAAGCAGAUGUGGGCAGGGACGAGCACUGCUUACCUAGCCCUGCCGGGCAGGGGUUCCCGAAACUGGGUUAAUUUCUUUAUAGAAAUGUGAACACUGAGCUUAUUUUAAAAAAAUAAUAAUAAAAAACAAAAAAAGAAAAAAAAACAAACCACAGAAGACAACUUACAUGUACAUAGGUCUUGAAGUGAGUGACGUGGCUGCGUUUUUGUUUGGGGUUUAUUUUUAGUUUGGCUUUUUUUCUCCCCCUUGGUUUUGUGUCUGUAGAAGAGAUUUGAGAUGGUACACUAUUCUAAUCAAAAAUAAAGUUCUGUAGAGCGACCAGAAA